AUGAAGAAAAUAAUAGCCCGUAGAAGCACGCUUAAUCGCACGCUAAAGUUUAUGUUCGUUCUGUUCGGUAUUUGGCCGGGCAUGUCCUACGUUCUGGCCUGCAGGGUAUUUUGGGUCUCCACCUUAGCAUUCAUCGAGUACUGUCAUUACCAUUAUUUUCUAACGCAUAUAUAUACCGCCGAGUUUCUCAAUCUGAUGGACUGCAUGUGCAGCUUCCUGGCGUAUGGCAAAGUGUUAAUUAAGUUUAUCCUGUUUUGGUUUAAUCAACAAAAUUUCAUCGAGAUAUUGUCGAUGAUGUCGGACGAUUGGGAUGAUUGCGCUAAGAGCGAUGUUGAACUUCGCGAGACGGAGUGUAAGGCGAAAAUAUCGGAUCGCAUCAUGAACUCGAUAGUCAUUCUCCAUACGAUGUCGAUCGUCGCGUACUGCCUCGGCAUUAUAUUGGACAAUAUCACUGUCGACGUCACUGACCACACGGCGGAACUGUCCUAUGUCAACAAAUUAGAUUUCCCCUUCGACGUUAACACGCAACUCGUGUACAGAACAAUAUUAAUCGUACAAUUCUUAUUUUUGAUUAUGUGCGGUUGGGCAGCAGGCGUGACGAACGUAUUAUUGUUGAGUUUGACGUUACACGCCGCCGGUCAGAUGGAGAUUCUGUGUAACUGGUUCACGCAACUUAUACCCCAACCGAAUGAGGACAAACAGGAAUCGAUCGUCAUCACGCUGGGGCAAAUUGUACGGAAGCAUCAGAAAAUCAUCCAGUUCUCGAAAAGCAUCGAGAAUCUCUAUACGUUGAUCGCGUUCAUGCAGUUCGGGUCAAACAUGAUAAUGAUUUGUUCAUUGGGUUUUCUUAUUGUAACGGCGAUCGGCAGUCCGAACGCGGAAGAGCAGAUAGUGUCGUCCCUUUUUUUCUACACCAUAACGAACCUCGAAGCUUUUAUAUUUUGCUUUGCCGGGGAAUAUCUGAGUAACAAGAGCAAAUUGAUCAGCAUCGCAGCUUACAACAUCGCGUGGUACGAUUUGGUGCCCAGUGACGGCCGGAUUUUGUUGUUCAUUAUAUUACGAUCGCAGAAGCAACUGACGCUCACAGCCGGCAAGAUGAUGGAUCUUUCCUUAGAAUCCUUCGCGGAUAUCAUGAAAGCCUCUGGAUCGUACUUGUCGGUGCUGUUGGCGAUGCAAUGA